AGUUUUUUGUCAAUUCUAAAUAUUCAGUUUUUUAUUUUAUAAAUUUUAUUAAUUUUGACCGAGAUAUUCUAUUUUCAAAUUUUUUUGGAAUUUGUUUUUUUUUUUAUUAUUUAGAAAAUAAAACUGAGGAAUAAAAAAAAAAAAAUGGAUACUUAGAUUUUUUAAAGUUACAAAAGUUUUUUUUUUAAUUUUAUAAUUCGGAUCAAUUUUCAAAUUAAUAUGCUUAUUUUUACUUUCUUUUAAAUUUAUUUUGGUUGCUAAUUAGUGAACAAAGCUUAAAAGUGAAAAAAAAAAAAAAUGGACAUUUAAAUUUUUCAAAAAUAUAAAUGCCCUAUUUUUUAUUUUGUGAAUUUUAUUUAUUUUGAGUUUGAUAUGUUCGUUUUGGAAUGUUUUAAAAUUUAUUUUUAUUAAUAACAAUAAAUAAAAAAUGAAAACAACAAAAAAAAAAAAAUGGACCUUUAGAGAAUUUAAAAAUAAACAAUUUGAGUUUUUUUUGUAUCAGAUUGGAUGAUUAUUUCAUAAGUUAUAACGUUCUAAAGAUUCUAAGCCAAAAAUUUAAAAAAUUGUAAAAUGGGCCUUUAGAUUGUAACUAGCUAAUCAUAAUGUGUUAAUUUCAUCGAAUUUUAUCUAAAUUUAAAGUCGUAAGACCUUCGUAAAUUUUUAUUUUUUAAAUUGCUGGACAACUGUACUAAAAAAAAAAAAGUUUUUUUCAUGGAUAUUGACGUUUUCAAAUUACGCGCCAUUUUCCAUUUUUAAAUUUUCAAUAAUAUGACAUAUAACCAAGAUAUGCUUGGUCAAAUAUUUUAUUUGUGAGCUGUCUGCUAACUUUAUAGUCAUAUAAUAAUUAGAACAUAAAUUUUUUUUAUUUAAAACUUUUCAAGAAAAUUAAAAAAUUAGUUUUUCAAAUUCGUCAGUCAUUAUCACAUAAUCACUAGUAUCAAAAUGCACGUGAUAAUUCAGGGACGGGAGAGCAUUUUCCCCAAUGAAGCAUCUGAUUUAACCAUCAUUGGAAAUUGUUUACGUCAUUCCGGCAUCAGCAUUACGGUCGAUGCCUUCGUUGAGAAGUUUUCUUCCACCGUAAGAUUUUUAUUAAAAACAAUUAAUGCUGCCAAUGCCGAAAGUCCUACCGAAAUGACGCCUGUAAUUUACUCAUUCGGCCAGGCUGGGUCUGGGAAAUCCACCACUAUGUUCGGCAACCGUGAAAAAAGAAUUCCAGGCUUGGGGAAGUGUUUGUUCCCUGGUGUUGAUGCAGCCGAUCUUCGUUUCCGGGCACAAGAAUGGUUGCUGCUGGGUUCCCAAAAAUUCCGUUUUCGGGACAUAGUUUCCGCGCAGGAUCCUUCUGUAUGGAAAGGGUCCUUAAUCUCCUGGGACACAUUGACGUGGGGGGAGUUUAAUCAAUUUUGGCCAAUUAUGAAGAAACGUCUUGGUGAGAAGAGUGGCGUAAAGUUUUCAUUCCGUGGAGUUUUAAUAAUGGAAAUUGAAAGAAAAUCCACCCAGAAGAGAGCAUUCUUCAUCGAUAUUCCCGGCUUCGAUCGCGAAGAAAAUGCUGGUCAAGCAUCGUCCAAAAGCCGGAGUUAA